GAGGUGGUCUGAACAUAAAAGCAAGCAGCAGGUGACCGCUGUGCCAGUCGACCUGCUCUCCAGCUCACAUAUCUGUAGUUUCAUCUGGAGAGAUAAAAUGUACGGGCACAACCAAGGAAACCAGUACCCUGGUUACCCAAACCAGCUAGGGGGAUACCCUCAGUAUCCUCCAGGGACUGCCCCUCCACCUGUCUACCCUCCUCAGCCCCACGGCCAACAUGGAGGCCACCAUGGACACGGACCUGGACCUGGUUGCUGCCCAGGUCAAGGCCAGGCACACGGGCAUGACCACAGCCACGGCCACAGCCACGGUCAUGACCACAGCCACGGCCAUGGCCAAGGACAUGGGCAUGGACACGGGCAUGGACCGUGCACUGGACAUGGACAUGGACAUGGAGACAAGAAGAAACACAAAAAGGACAAGCACAAGCACAAGGAUGGACACAAACACGGAAAAUGUCACAAGAAAGGAAAGGACGGUCACGGGUCCUCCAGCAGCUCCUGCAGCAGCGACUCGGACUAGAGGCAUCUGAAACCUUCGUCCCUUUAUCAAACAUUGGGAUUAUUAUUUUACUGCUUACAUGUUUCUAUAUAAUCUUUUAAAAUGUCUCUGUUUCAAAAACUGCAUUUUAAAAUUGUAUCCCACUAACCAUAGGAAGAGCUUCUCCUGAAAUCUCCUUAUUUUGAUGAAGAGAGGCAUUACAGACCUUAUUGUAUCCAUGACUGUGUUUGUGAGAAUAAUAAAGGUGCUAAUUUCACUAUUCAAUCAAAAUGCAA